UCGGUAUCUUAAAAGUAACAAAAACAUGUUUGAAAUGCAGAAAAACGCACGAAAUGGCACCCUCGAAAAAAAAAUUCCAGGGGAGCAUACCCCCGGCCCCCCUAUCAAAUGCCUCCCUAUUUUUUUACAUCUGGCUACGGACCUGGAAUCAUUUCCAUAUGAAGGGAGUAGGGGAUGCGAGAAUCACAUGAAAACUUUUGAAACGCUAAAUCCUGAAUUCUUAAGAGUUUAAAGUAUUUAAUAUGGCUGUCCUGAUUUGGGCAAACUUUAUAGGAUGACUGUCUGUGGCCAGUAGAUGGUACGUAUUGUUUUAAAGAUCAUUAGUAGAUGAAAAGUCUAGGUCUACAGUGACCGCUAGUCUGAAACCAGUUUCCGCUGAGAAAAUAAGGACCGCCCAAAACCAUAAAACUACUCAGCUCAGUAGAUUAUCCCUUAUAUGUUUUGGUUAAGUAAGUGAAAAGCUAAGGUGACAUUAACUUCGAAAAUGAAAUCAGUUUCCACUAAACAAUUAAAGAACACUUGUGACGGUUUCUUUUUCUACUUCGUAGGGAAUAUUCGCUUUCGUCAACAGAUAACCUUUUAUGUAUUUGGGGUCAAUUGGUUGAAAAGGCAAUGUCACAGUGAGCUUGAAACUAAAAUGUCCGAAGCAUGGUUGGGCUUGCUAAUUUCAUAGAAAUUAUCAUCUGUUGUCAGAAGAUGACUCCUAUUGUUUUCAGAUUACUUCCUCAAAGGUUAAAAUUUACAAUAAUCUUGAGAUUGAAAACAGUUUCUAGUCAAUUACUGGAGAAGGCAUUUUUAUGCCAAGUAUAACGCAUUCAACAUUUCAUUUAUAAAAGUAUAACGUAAUUUUAGGUAUAAUAGUGUACAUUCAGUGCCCGAGUACGCGCAGUAUGGGAGCCAUUCUCUAGUGCUACCGUCACUAUAAAUUUCAAAUAACACAAGUAUUUUUUUAUUUGAAAUUUUCAUCAUAUCAAGUGCAUUAACCGUAAGAUUCUACGAAAUAUUCAAAAUAAUUUCAGUUAUUAAAAAAAUAACCACAAAACGAUCAAAUCCUAAUACAAAUGUUUCUUGUAGCAAAAUUCCACUGUAAGGGGAGAUCACUGCGUAUGUGGUUCCUUUAGUAAGCAAAUUCUUACUCUUCGGGUUAAAAUUGAUGUACAGUUAAUAUUAAACAUAAAUUAGUAUGUAUUUAAUUUGCAUUUCCAUGAAACAGGUGCGAGAAUAGACCACGGACAUCAUGAUGCACUAGCGAAGAAAGCUCUGCACGAAACACUGACAUUUGAAGACGCCAUAAUGGAUGCACUUAGAAUGACUAACAAAGAAGAAACACUGGUAAUAGUCACGGCAGAUCAUUCUCACGUGUUUGAUAUAGCGGGAUAUGCCUACAGGGGAACAGAUAUUUUUGGUUUGGUUGAACCUGUUGAUCCUACGGAAGAGACGUUAGAUGAUAAACCAUACAGUGUUUUGUUUUACGGGAAUGGACCCGCCUACUCCGAGCCUCGCGAAAAUCUUACUGGAGUUGAUAUGCACGACAAAGAUUUUGCCUUUCCAAGCGGUGUUCCAGCACCUUGGGAAACGCAUGGUGGCGAGGAUGUAGCUAUAUAUGCACAGGGACCAAUGGCUCAUUUAAUUCACGGAGUUCAAGAGCAGAAUUAUAUUGCCCACGUAAUGGCUUAUUCGGCAUGUAUUGGACCAUAUCAGGGAGACAAUUGUGAUAUGGAAACAAGAAACGCAGAAACAAGUUCUGCAAAUAGAUUAGUUAACUCUUGUAUGCUUCUCUUACUGUUGACAAUAUUCAUACGAGCAUGGAUCAUUUAGUUUUUAUUUCUAUUUGUUAAUUUUAAAAAGCGACUCGUCCGCACGUUUUGGGCAAAUAAUCGAUAAAGUGCGGGUACUGUAAAAAUGACGAGAAGUUUAAAAUUAUUGACACAUGCUUUUUGCAAGAAAUCCAAAAAAAUAAACAUAAAUUAUAUUAUAUUGUGCAGAAGGCAAUGCUUUUGAAAUAAUGGAGAAAAUCACCAUUCUUCCUACGUUUUUACCAAUUCCACUCACUAUUUUCACCACUCUUUUUAAUUUGUAUUAUAUUAUGUUAUAUAUACAUUCUACGCUAAACUUGGUGGAAAUGAAUAUCUCAAAUUGUGGGCAGGUAGCUUUGACAGAAUUACAUCGUCAAUGUUAUGGUUUCCUCUGCUUAUAUUGGGCCAUAUGGAAGAGAUGAAUAUAAACGGAUACGAAGAAACCAGUUCUGCACAAAGUGCACAUUCAUACACAUAGGAAUGGUGUAAUUCUGAUUUCAUUAAUUUCAUUCUUUUGCACUAGAUGUUCGUUCAUCUGUGGUUGUACCUUAUGCUUUCUCUUAUUACGUAUAUCAAGGUGUAUAUUAUGGCCAGUUAAUACCGCUUCUCAUCAGACCAGGUGUGGUUGAAACAUAAAUAAAUUCUAUGUAGUAUCAUUAGAUAUAAACUAACACACUUUAACAUAUUUUGAUUUGUGUAAUGUUAUUAAGAUAUUUGAUGUACAUUUUAAUCAAUAAAUUUGUGUAAUAGAAGAAUGCUGUAAAAAA